GGCAAUCCCCAUGAUGUCUGAACAUAUAAACCACGAGUUAAACCGUCGACGUGGAAUACUGCAUUACCGAGAUGGUGAAAUAAACCCGCCAUAUUUAAGGAAUGCUUUGAAAGGCAUAGAUGAGACGAAUUUCACCGGUUUUCAGGCAUGUUCCAUUCUUUGUUCCUGUCAAGCAUAA